AUGAGCAUACGUAAAAUACAAGAAAAGUUUACCCAAGCCCUGGGACAACACAAUAUUCCCGGACUCCGUUGGGUUCUGGAGGGAUUCAACAACUAUGAUGUUCAAAGAGUGAAGGAGGUGGGUGCAGAUCGUGCUGCAGCUGAAUGGAUUGUGAGAUGUGGUGGAAGUAUCAAGUUCAAUCAGAUCGCUGAGACGUUUGAGGAUUAUAAUUGUUUGGUGAAAAGAACUGCACAAUUGGAUCCGAGACUUUCACAGGAUAAUGUCACUCUGGAAACAAUCAGAGCUGUCAAUGCAAGUGUUACUGGAUUUGGUUGUCGUCAUUUUGAAGGCUUGACAGGAAUCAAAAGUGUCUACUUCAUCAAAUGUAAGAAUCUUCAUGAUUUUGGUCUUGAAUACAUGGGAAAUCAUGUAGGAGGUCACCUGAAAACUCUUCACAUUGAAGAAUGCCGUCGUAUCACCGAAUUCGGAUUGGAGCAUCUAACCAAAUUCUCGGCUCUUGAUAAGCUUGUACUUCGCAAUUUAAAGAGUGUUCACGGGAAGGAGAAAGUUCAGGAGAAGCUUCGUGGAGCACUUCCGAAGACUGAUAUUCAAUUUGAAGUCUAAUUGAAAAACAGUGAUUUUGUAUGUAUGUAUAAUAGUUUUUGGUAGACAGAAUAAAAACUGAUAGACCGGU